CCGCCGAAGGAGGAGAAGGAGGAGAAGAAGCGGCCGCGCGUGUGUGUCUGUCUGCGUGUGGCGAGUGUUUCCCCUCAGAGGAGCCGCGAGCCCAGGAGGAUCGGCGGCGGCAGCGGCGCGCGCGUUCGCGCGCAAGGAGCCCGCGUCGGGGCCGGCCGGCCGGCGGGCCGGGCAGGCUGAGGAGAGCUGAGGAAACAGCCGAGUCGGGCGGGAUUCUGGUGGCGCGCUACUGGGCUGCGGCGGCGGCGGCGGCUUGUGGCGAGCGCAGUGGAGGGGGCGACAGGAAAGCGUCGGCGAUGGCUACGGCGGCGUCUAACCCUUACCUGGCCACCAACAGCAUCCUGUCGGCGGGCUCCAUCGUGCACUCGGACGGCGGCGGUGGCAUGCAGCCGGGCAGCGUGGCCGUCACGUCGGUGUCAGGCGGCGGCUACCGCGGGGACCCUUCGUCCGUCAAGAUGGUCCAGAGCGACUUCAUUCAGGGCGCCAUGGCGGCCAGCAACGGCGGCCAUAUGCUGAGCCACGCGCACCAGUGGGUCACAGCGCUGCCCCACGCCGCCGCCGCUGCCGCAGCUGCCGCCGCCGCCGCCGUGGAAGCCGGCUCUCCCUGGGCCAGCAGCCCGGUCGGCAUGACGGGGAGCCCGCAGCAGCAGCAACAGCAGCAGCAGCAACAGCAACAGCAACAGCAACAGCCCGACGUGAAGGGAGGCGGCGGCGGAGGCGGCGGGCGGGACGACCUGCACUCGGGCGCGGCGCUGCACCAUCGGCCGCCGCACCUGGGCCCGCCGCACCAGGGCCACUGGGGCGCCGGCGCCGGCGCGCACCUGCCUUCCAUGGCCAGCCAGCAGCAGCAGCAGCCUCUGCUGUACUCGCAGCCCGGCGGCUUCACGGUCAACGGCAUGCUGAGCCCUCCGCCGGGCAGCCAGAGCCUGGUGCACCCGGGCUUGGUGCGGGGAGACACGCCCGAGCUGGGAGAGCACCCCGGGCACCACCAUCACCACCAUCACCACCCUCACCCGCACCAGCACCACGGGGGAGGCGGCGGGGGAGGCGGAGGCGGGGGAGGCGGCGGCGGCCUGAACAGCCACGACCCGCACUCGGACGAGGACACGCCGACCUCGGACGACCUGGAGCAGUUCGCCAAGCAGUUCAAGCAGCGGCGGAUCAAGCUGGGCUUCACGCAGGCGGACGUGGGCUUGGCGCUGGGCACCCUGUACGGCAACGUGUUCUCGCAGACCACCAUCUGCCGCUUCGAGGCUCUGCAGCUGAGCUUCAAGAACAUGUGCAAGCUGAAACCUUUGUUGAACAAGUGGCUGGAGGAAGCCGACUCGUCCACGGGCAGCCCCACCAGCAUCGACAAGAUCGCGGCUCAGGGCCGCAAGAGGAAGAAGCGGACCUCCAUCGAGGUGAGUGUCAAGGGGGCCUUGGAGAGCCACUUCUUGAAAUGCCCCAAGCCCUCGGCGCAGGAGAUUACGAACCUAGCGGACAGCCUGCAGCUGGAGAAGGAGGUGGUCAGGGUUUGGUUUUGCAACCGCAGGCAGAAAGAGAAGCGCAUGACCCCCCCGGGGAUCCAGCAGCAGACGCCCGACGACGUCUACUCGCAGGUCGGCAACGUGAACUCCGAUACGCCGCCGCCACACCACGGACUCCAGGCGAGCGUGCAGUGAGGGUGGUGGUGGUGGUGGGGAGGUGGAGGGGGAACGGACAACAAAACAAAACAAAAACAAAAAAAAAGACAGUCGCCAUCAUCACCAUCAACGACAGCAACGCCACAAUUUAAAAAAAAAAAGUGAGAAAGGGAUUCUUAGGGAGAAGACAGAGGGGCAGGCAGGCAGGC